UUUGUUGUGUAAUGGCGGAGCGGCUAACGGCUCCAUUACAGAGAGAGAGAGGCUAACCCUUCUAUACUCAGCUCUACACACUUUCUGACACACAGUGAUACGGGCUUACCCGCCGCGUCCAGGGUUGUUUUUUCUUCGUCUCCGGACCCUGAUGUGUGCAGCAGGCCAGAGGGCGGAGCCGGGUCACGGUUCUCUGGGAGGUGCUGUACGUUGGUUGCCGUAGCGAUGUGGAGUGGGCAAAGAGGAGAGGGCACAAUGCCCACAGCUGCGCCGGACAGCCGGAGAGAGAUCUCAGCUGCUUGGAAGAGUUUAAACCAGAGUAAAUCUGCUUUGCGGCACAUAGAGAAUCAUCUGGAGGCAGUGUCCGGCUCAGGGGUGGUGCUGGACACACUGAUGACCACAGAGAAAACAUCUGUUCGUGGCAGUCGCAAAGCCAGCCGCAAAGAGAGGCGUGGAACAGACGAUUCCGCAGCGUCCAAAUCCCAGCGGAGCCGAAACCCAGAAAAGAGCUCCCGCAGCCCCCUGAGAACCAGUACACAGGACAACAGCGCAGAGAGACCGCACACACACUCCACACACAGGGAAGUGUAUCCUCCUCCUUCUCCUCCGGUUGCCCACUGUGUGUCUGCCCCCUCGGCGUCCCUGAGCGAGCUGGUGUACGAGCGAGACUCGCGGCCGGAGCAGACGGCCGAUCUGGACAGCACCCGCUCCUCAGCGCUCGACAACACCACCAUCCGCUUCCUCAACGACCCUCCUGUUCCCGGGUCAGCAGGUGCAGAGGUCAGAGCCGCAGGGCUGCAGGCAGAUGGGCAGACGGGAGCGCCGGCGGGCUCGGUGUCGUCCAGCCCGGGGUCGGCGUCGGUACGGCUGGAGAAACUGCGUCAGCGGCAGACGGACGGGAAGCUGGAGAAGCUGAAGGAGCGAAUCCGCAAACAGAGGGAGCAGCUGGAGGAAUCGGCAGAGAGAGAGAGAAUACUCGGCCGUCUGGAGCAGCCGGUGGGCAUCGGGGCGUCGCUGGGCACCACUGUGCCUACUGCUAAAGUACGCAAAGUGGCACCUGCUCCACCUGCGCCCAUCUAUAAAGGGUUUAACACAAGUGAGACCACAAUUCGCACUGCGGACGGACGGGUGUGGGGGGAGGAGGAGUUCCACAACUACAGCAGAGAGAUCUACACACACCACCUUACAGACGGAGUGAAGCAGAAGCCGAAGGAGAAAGAAAAGAAGGUGGUGGAGAGAAAACCAGUCAAACCUGUGAGGAAGAUUCACCGGUCAGCAUCUGUUCCUGACCCACAGACCAGACCAGUGAUCAGCACGUCGUCAUGGCGGGAGGGACAGAAGCUGGUGAAGAUGAUUCUGGGUCCAUCACCUCGGCUGCCCGGAGAGCCCCGCGCUCAAUCUGCAGAGAGAGAGAGACGGACAGGUGCUUCGUCUCGCUCCAGUUCUGACCCUCGGCUGGAGCUGAAUCGUCGCUCUAGGCCGAACAGCACAGAGCGGCAAACUGCGAAGAUCUCCAGACCAGCAGGGGGCGAUAGAGGCAGAAAACCUGCAGUGAAAGAGCCUUCCAGGCCAGCAGGGGGCGACAGAGGCAGGUCCCCCAGCACCGAUCGCCUCUCAGCAGACAUCCAGGGCAUUCUAGACGACCUGCAGUUAGAGGGCGGGGCUGAAGUACAUGAAGAGGGCUCACCUAGCAGGAGGAGUGCAGGACGGCGCGCCCAAGCUCCAAUCAGAUCAUCCCGAAGUGUCAGCCCUGCUAAACCCCACCCAGACAAAAAGAGGCAGUACGAUGCAGAGGCGGUACGGCAGUACAUCGCCCGGCAACAGGAGGACAGGAAACGGAGGCAGGCGGAGGAGAGGCGGAACCAGAAGGAGGCAGAGCACAAGCGGAGUCAGCGACUGCAAGAGCUCUACAGGAGGCAGAGGGAGGGAGUGGCCAAGCCCCAGGCUCCUCCCACCAAUUCCACCCGUUCUUGUCUGCAGGACACAUAUACUAAACUAUUACUGGAACACAGACUGCAGCAGUCGAGGCCGUUGUAUCAGCCUUCUGGAGAAUCAGAUAAAGAAAAUAAAAGGCAGGAACCUCCAAGCCCCUCCCACAGUGACCUUUCCAUGUCAGAGCACGGACCACCAGCACUGACCAGAGCUGAACUCGGCGUGGGUUCUCUGCCCAGCGCCGCCUCUCUGGUCCCCUCUACUGGCCAGCUCUUCUCACAACUCCUGGCGAUGGAAGGGGCAGCAGCAAUAUCACAGCCAGUAGAUCUAUCUGCCACUCAUACCAUCCGCGCCCACCCGAGCAGAACUGCCCACGCCAGCAGGCUGAGCCGGGUCGAGGCUCUGAAGGCCAGUGCCGUGUCUCUGUCCAGCCGGAUCGAGAGCGAGGCUUUGAAACUGGCUGGAGGCGGAGUCAACUACGGCGUCGACUGCAGCCGAAAUGUCGGCACAGGACUGCCGCCAGUAAUACCCCAGGAUGAUGAAGCAAACUUGAUAAAUUCACUCAGUCCACCAGUCAGAGAGUGCCCAGGGGGCGCCGAGGAGCCGGCUCAGAGGAUCCAGAGGCUCCUCAGUGCGGGCCAGAGCGCGUUCGGUACCGACCCAGCUGAGCUACCAGGAGUGGUAAACCUGUAUGGCUUCGGGUCUGCGGAGAGGAGAGAGUACACAGCUAAGCCCCGCCCAUCCCCACCUAAUCCUGCCCCAUUAUUCCCAGAGAGGGCGGAGCAUCUAGAUUCAAGUGGAGGCUCCAUCAGCGAAGGCCUGCUGACUGAGAGCAGCCUGUCUGAUGCAGAGGACCACCCAGGUGACCCCACAGAUGUCCUACUGGACCUCCCCAAACCCUCUCUGAAACUGAGUGGAGCAGAUUACUGCGCCAGUCUGCAAAACGGCCCCACCUACGAUCCAAUCACGCGAUUCCAGAGAGAGGCGGAACAGCACUCCCCCUAUAGACCAGCAGCAGCACUGCAGGACAGCCGGCCGGCGUGGGGAGAUCUAGCAAAGGGAAGCCCGAACAGUGUCAUCAACAUCUUCACCAAAAACCUGCAGAAUUACAGCAGAGUGCUGGAUGUUGGUACAGAAAGGGGUUCUCCUGGUCUUCGUGGUGCUGGUUCUGUCUCUGGCUCGCUAAAUGGCCUGGCCUAUGAGGAUGACUUCAUUUCCUCCCGCAGCAGCAGCCAAUCAGCAUCGAGAAGGACUGGUGCCAGCCUCAGUAAUGGCCACAGUGCAGCAGGUGCUGAUGAGAGGAGAGAAAACGGGAAGUCCUCAAAAUCCUCCACCCCACUGUCAUCACCACACUCAACACACUCCACCAGCAGGAAGGGAUCAGAGAGGAGCCAAGAGCGCCCCCCGGUGGACGGUCAGAGGAGUGCGUCCCGUCCCGUCUCUGAGCUGCAGUGGAACGGGGUGAAACAGAGCCCCUCCCCUAACGGUUCUCCCCGAGGGUCUCAGAGAAGCGCAGACACAGGCAGCACUGCAGGGGGCGCCUCAGUCCACUCCACUCACAGUGCGGUUUCUGAGCACCAGCGGUCUCCCAGAAGUCCUGCGGGGUCUCCUGCCGGGUCCCCAAGAGUCUCCCCACCCACUGGCUCCUCACACACCUCCUCACCCAGACCUUCCAGCAUCAGGGACACUGGACUCAGUGCUGCUGCUGAAACUGGGCCUGGUUUGGAGACGGGCACCUCCAGAGUUCCGAGCAGGAGUGCAGCUGCUGUGGAGCUGCAGUUUGCGCCGGGUGUGCUGCAGCAGCGUCUGAGUGCGGAGCUGAGUUAUAUAGAUUCUGUGGAGGAGUCGGUCCGGCAGCUGGGGGAUGUGGAGCGAGUCCGAGCGGUAUCUCUCGCCCAGCAGGAGACCGUCGCUCUCGCCCAGAUACUGAAGGCUCAGCAGCAGAGGCAGGAGAGGGAGCUGCAGCUGCUGAGGCUGAAGGCGGAGCAGGAAGCACUGGAGACUCAGAGACAGUUACAGGAGAGCCGAGAGAGAGCUGCGCAGGCUCAUACGGAAAUGUGUGUUAACCUGGUCCAGUCACAGCAGCAGGUUCUCCUGGGCAUUCAGGAGUCCAGCAGCAGGAUCAUCAACCAGCAGACCGAGACGGCUCAACACACUGCGGCCACUGCCAGACACAUCCGAGAGAUGACUGAGCUCGCCCGCUCUCAGAUGCUGAAUGUUCCCAUAGUCACUCCUUUCUACGACCAGCAGAAAGAGCCACAGCCACAGACGGACAGCAGUCGAAGUGAGGUUCCCCCAGACAGUGGACAGUCCCCAUCAGCGGAGACUCCGCCUGACAGCUUGUCUGAAUCCAUCCCGUCCAGAAGACCCACCAUCAGUGGUGGUGGGAGCAGUCCCAGGCAGAGCCCGUCUCUCUCCUCGUCUGUGAAGGAGGUGGGUGAAGAUGGUGGAGGAGGUGUAGAGCGCAGCAGCUCAGUGGAGGAGGAGAUCCACACCGCCGUUGAGGAGUCACUCCACACAGACAGCGUUCAGUCCCUGCUGGAGGACAGAGGAGACAGUGCGUCAGUUGCGACGGAGUACUCUCUGAAGUUUGAGGAGUCUGUGACGGAGGACGAGCUGGAGAAGUCGUUCCGGUCCCUCCUGCCCUCUGAGUCCCACUGGAGAGAUUCUGUAGAGCGGAACCGGAGCCCUCUGCCAGAAUCAGACGAGGAACGCAGCCGAGCCAAGUCUUCUCCACAGCUUUCCAACAAGGACAGCAGCAUGCCGUUCUCGAGUGGCCAGGACAGCUUCAAUAAGUUCACGAUGACAAUGGUGAAGCAGUACAUGCAGGAGGAAGAGGUCCGAGCUCAACACCAGAGCUCUCUGCUGCGACUCCGCCACCGAGCCCUGAAGGAGAAGACCAAGGCCGAGCUCGCCUGGCUUGAGCACCAGAAAAGGCGUCUGAGAGAUAAGGGCGAGGAUGAUAAGAUGCCACCCAUCCGCAAGAAGCAGCGAGGAUUACUGCUUAAACUGCAGCAGGAGCAGGCGGAGAUCAGGCGGCUGCAGGAGGCAAAUAAGGCGGCGCGGAGAGAGCGGCAGCUGCUAUUAAAACAGCAGGAGGAGAUAGAGAAGAUUCGGCAGAGCACGCUCCGCCUGAGGGAGAAACUCCGUACUGCUGGAGACCAGAGCCCGAGAUCAUCUAUCUCAAUUGAGGUAAAGGAGGCGGAGCCCAGUCUGGCGACGGACGCAGAGACUCGCAGCCCCUCCCCUCUGUCAGUGACUGGCAGCGAGACCAGCAGCAUCAUGCAGAAACUGAAGAAGAUGCGCUCCCACAUGGACGAGAGGCAGUGCUCUCCUGUGCUGUGUUUUUUCUCUGUGUUUGGUGCACAGCACUGGGCAUCUCUCCGCCUCUGUCUCCCUAAACUCCGCCCUAAAUUCCAGCUCUAUAUCUACACUCAGUUGGUCAGGUUCCUGACGGAGCGAGAGCAGCGGCUGGUGCGUCGGCGGCUGCAGGCGGAGGAGCUGCUGCAGUGGCGGCAGCGCUUGGAUGCGGAGGAGGCGGCAGUGCGGCAGAUGGAGAAACAGGCUCUGGCGGCCUGGGAGCAGCACCCCCAGCGCAAACACUCCGCCCAGCUGGCACAAGACUCCAUCCAGUCCCCCAGCAGCACCACCUACUUGCAGGAGAGGAGUGCAGGCAGAGAAGCGGUCAGUGAGGGCGACUCCUCUCCGGGGUCCAGCGCACGCUCUGCUGGGUGGGUUUCAGAGCAGUUGGUCAGCCCUUCUUCAGACAGUCCCACAUCCAAACUACCCUCAGCCCAUACCAGCGGCAGCCCUCAUACCCACACUAACUCCGCCCAGCCGUCCCACAGCCCACAGUCCCACAGCCACGAGACCCCUGUUACUAAUGAUGGCUCCAGAAGUAAGCUGGUUGUACACAGCCCCAGGGGCAGCGAGCCCCGCCCCUCAGCACCAACAUCAGAGGCGGCGUCAGACCAGAGCGAUAUUGAGGGGCGUGUCCUGGCGCUGAAGGAGGAGCUCCGGCGCCGGAAGACUGAGGUCCAGCGGCUGAAGAAAGUGCAGAAACAGAGAAACAAAGAGCGUCUGAAAGCUCAGGAGGCCAGUCUGCUCAAACAGCUGGAGUCCUAUAAUAACUUCAUUGAGAAGACGAAGGCGGAGCUUAGUAAAGAGGCGGACCACACGCCCACAGCUAAACCGCAGAUUAAAACUCCUGCGUCCGGCACGGAAAAGCCCAGUAUCAGAUCCCCGGCUUUACACAGACCUGAUGCUGAGAAGAAGCUGAAGACCUUCAGCAGCUCAGAGGAGAAGGUCCUCACUGAGUCCCUGAUCCAGAGUGGAGGCCACAGCGAGCCAAUAGAAAACCAUGAGGUCACUUCUUCAGAUGAAGACCCGCCCACUGUGACCCCAACCCCGGUGUUUGGAAGCCCUGAGCGUGUGGGUUCGAGUCUGGAGUCUCCAGAACCUCAACCUACCAAGACCCAGAGCUCCACCAAACCACAGCCCGACGUCUCUGCUGAUGAGAGUGUGGUUUCCAGCCAGAGGUCAGAUGUCAUAGAAGAACUGGACUACCUGAAGUCCGAAGGUUCUGGUGACGACCACGACUCGACACACUCGGACCAGCACUCACAGCCACUGCUCAAAUUAGAUAUUCAGCUGCCGUCACACAUCAGGGCUGAGGAGGUCAAUCCCGAGGAAAAGACUGAUCUGACUGAAACAAGCCAACGUGAAGCCAAAGAGGAACAGUCUGGAGAACCUGUGACAACCAAGGAGCCUGAAGCUCUGCUGGAGAAAAGCUCUUCACCUGCAGAUGGAUCUUACACUCCUGACUUUUCACCCAGGAAAGAUUUGGAUGAGCCGAAAGAGACACAAUCACUAGUUCAAACCUCAGUUGACAGGUACAAUGAUGAUUUUGAGUCGUCAUUUGACUCCUUACAAGAAGAUCGUAAAGGAUCUGAGCCAACCUCACCUUCAGCCCAGCAACCUAAAGAGCAAUCCUACAAAUCCUCGUUUGUUAGCAGUGAGGAGGAGAUUGAUGAAGAGCUCAGUGUCAAAUCUGGGAUUACCAGCGACAGCUUUCAUCCUGAGAGACCGCUGGAUCUCCACAUCCUGGCAAAGCCUUCCAAAGAAACCCUCGGCGAUGAUCUUUUUGAUGUCGCCAACUCUCCAAAAUCCCCAACCGCACUCACCUCCAGAUCAGCAGCCUCUUCACCACCACCCAGAGACGAGAUGCCCAGCUACAUCGUUGGCGACCGGGUUCUGGUGAGCAAUGUCCAGCCGGGCACGCUCAGAUUCAAGGGCUUGACCAGUUUCGCCAAUGGGUUCUGGGCUGGAGUGGAGCUAGAUAAGUCUGAAGGAAGCAAUGAUGGAACCUACGAUGGGGUGGCGUACUUCCAGUGUAAAAAAGGACAUGGAAUAUUCGCCCCUCCGGACAAGGUCACGCCUCUACCUGAGAAGUUUGAGAGUUUCGUGGACACAUCUGAGGAUGAGGACUCUUCAUUAGAUGAUCAGUCACAUAAAACAUCAGAGAAGCUCAGCUCUGAAGAUUCUUUGCAGCGAGACCCACUGCAGGAUGACAAAUCAGGUCCUCAAGAUGUUUAUUCCGGAUCUAAAGAAUCCUCCAGUAAACCGUCUGACCUAGAGCCUGGACAAGACAACUUGAAGCUUGACCUGGAGGAUGACGUUAAUUUCGAUAUUCUGAAGAAUCUUUCGGUACCAAAUGGAAGAAGCAGAGACGUCAUCCUGGAGUUUGAAGACGUGUCGCAAGGCAAUGGUACCCUACCCAUCAGCGUUCAGGAGAAAGAAACAUCUCAGCUUCCAGAAGAGACGCAAACGGCGGACAUCUUGGAUUUGCUGGACCAGGAACUCCAGGAAUCCUCAGAGCUCUUAGUAGAGAAGGUGACGAGUGUGGACCAGGUAGACCAAGUGGACAAAGUGGACGGAGAGGUCAGCGAAGGCCAGGCCCUCAGCACCCUCGCUGAUAAACUGCUGGACAGCUUCAUGUCAGACACUCUGAAGCAGUUCCAGGAGAUAAAGAAGAUGAAGGAGAAGAAGAUAGCUGCCGCCAAUCAGCAGAAAGAUGGUGUCCUCAGUGAGGAUGAAGAACUCAUGGAUAGCUUCUCCCAGUUCAAGUCCAGCAGUAAAAUAAACGACUUCCACACCUUCUUCGACCAAGACCAGGAGGAGGUGUCCUCUCCAGAGCUGUGCAACAGAUCGGAGAGUCCAGUGUUGGGUCCCAGUGGUCAGGAGGAGCUGGUGAAGCGACUGGCGGAGCUGGAGCUGAGCCGGGAGCUGCUGGACUCUCUGGGGGAGGAUCAGGACUGGUUCGACGAGGACUUCGGUCUGAGUUCUCGGAAGCAGCAGGAGAAGCUGAAGCAGCGGCAGGAGGAGGGGCCGCUCUCCGGCUCGCCCCCGGCCAAAGUCCCGUCCCGACCCCAGCCUCCGCAUCCCAAACUGCCCGAGGAACCGGCCAUGCUGGUCCCGCACAACGCCCCGGAGGUGGAGAAACUGGUGAGAUCCGCCCUGCUGGAGAUCUGGACGCACUGCGGCCUCGACCGGGGUCAGCAGAGCCUGGCUGGAGUCCAGAAGCCUCGGCCCUCAGACGGCUUCCUGAGAAACGGCGAGAGGAACGACGAGCAGGAGGCGGAGUUUAUCCGCAGCUAUAAACAGGCGGUGUUUGACCUGUCGUGGGAAGUGGUCCAGGACAUAUUUAUAGAAGAUCCUAAUGCUGACCAGCCUCAGUGGGUCAAACCACGGCGUGUUAACUCCUCUUACAUCCACAGGAUUAACAGCCCCAAUGACUUAGCUAAAGUUCAGGCGUUCGUCACCAGCGAGGUUCUAAAGCUCUACGGCCUGAAGAAGGAGCAGAACCACAAAACAGACUGGCAGAAGAUGCUGAAAUUUGGCCGGAAAAAGCGAGACCGCGUCGAUCACAUCUUGGUUCAGGAGCUGCAUGAGGAGGAGGCUCUGUGGGUGAACUAUGACGAAGACGAGCUGUUCGUGAAGAUGCAGCUGGCAGACGGGAUCUUUGACGCUCUUCUGAAGGACACGACAGAAAUCCUCAUCCAGAUCCAGGAGAAGAGGUCCAAACGGUCCCAGUCCUGACACUGGCCUAAACCGGCCUGAACCGGCCUUCUGCUGAGCGCACGGCUCAACGCUGCUGUAACACCACGUCCACCCCGUCUCACACUCCACACGGAUUCAAGGGGGUUUAGAACAUGAUCUCAACACACUCACACACACACUCUUCAUCACUGUGCUGUCAGUUCUUUAGCCUGAUCUCCUUCCUGGUCCAGCCUUCUGUUUUCCUGUGGGAGGAGCAGCCGCACUGUUUAGCCUCGGUCGCCUCGGUCACGUCCCGAGCCCUGUGGUCCUGUCUGGCUGCUCCAAGCUCCACUGCUGCUAAUUCUCUCUCCAUGGGCUCCUCUGGGCCCGGUCGAUUGGACCUUCUCUCUUUUUCUCUCUCUCUCGCCUUUGAUUUUUUAUUUAUUUGUAAUUUUUUACGCAAAAAAAGAUCUGCAAAAUAAAUCUAUGAAAAUGUAUAACUGAUUUUAGAAGGUGCAAAAAUUGAAUUCUAAACUCGUGUAAGCACAUGAACUGAAUGUGGGAAGUGACGGCACGAAAUAUGAUGUGUUGAUUAAAGAUUAAUGCUAAAAAAAACAAACAAAAAAAACAAUGUAUGUAUAUAUGGAAAAGUAUCAAAAACACUGUUCUCCUACUAAAUGAAUACUCCAGGAUAUUCUAGCACGCUGCAGUCUACUGAGCUCUCUCUGAUCUGCCUGUGCCAGCGAGUAAAAUAUCACAGAGAAUCAAUUUAGUAAAUUUCUCUUGAAUUUUAAGUGCAAAUUUUUACAGUACCAGUCAAAAAAAAACUUUAAUGAUUUUUUUUCCUUUAUUUAAAUUGUUUUCCUUCUUAAAAUUGAAGACAUCAAAAGAAAUGUAAAAUUCUGUAGAAAACAAGAUUGUUUUUUUGUUUUUUUUUUACUGUAGAUUAUUCAUAUUAGCAGCUUUAGAUUGACUUCCUCUCAGUCGUCAAGCUUCAUGAGCUAGAACCUGCAAUGGUUCUCCAACCAUUUGUUUUUUUUGCUGCUUUUCAUUCAUUCUGCACUCCUUCUCACCCAGAACCAGCUCCAUCUCCACUUUUUACUGUUUAUUACAUAAUUCCAUAUGCCUUCUUACAUAGGUGGCUUUAGUAUUAAUCUACAAUGUAAAAUAGAAUUAAAACAAAGAAAUACAUUAAUUAACAUUGAAUGAGAAAGCGGUGUGUCCACACUUUUGACUGGUACUGUUUAUAGUUCCCGCUGCAGGACGUGCUGGAGUAUUUCUUUACUGGUGUAAACUGGUGCAGAAUUACAGGUUUGUAUCGUCAAAUGGAGACGAUAUUGGACGCCAAUACAUCAGCAUUUUUUUAUUUUUUUUUAAUCGAUGACUAGCUGUUCUGUUAAUCCGGUUCUUGUCCCGGUUCCUCGCCUCACCAUCUGCCUUUCUCUCUGUUUUAAGUGCCUCUUUGGUUCUUUGGUCCCCACAGUGUGAGGGGCGUCGCCCAGCCUUUUCGCCACCUUUUUUUCUCCACCCAUUAAGCCGUUAAACUUCCACCUCUGCCUUAUGCUGUACAUCCCCAUGGCCUGGAGCGGUCAGCGAUUGCGGUCAGUCACACGGAUUCUCCGGUGCUUCUUGCUGAAAGCAGCUGCAGUCCAAGGGCUGGUUUAUUUAGACUCAAACUAAACCUGAAUCCAGCAGUAAGUCUGUCAUUCUGAGACUAGUCUUGGUUCUCAUACGCGAAUCCAUUCACAUCCAGGUCCAGCCUCAUCAUCCAGGAACGCUGUGUUGUUUUACUGCACCAUAAUCCCACCCUAAAUCCAAUGGAGUUCUGCCCAGAGUUUCUCCUUGAUGAAGGUCCUGUGUUUUCUUCAGCCUUUUUAUUAGGUAAAGAUUUCUAGGAUACACAUAGAUUUGGGAUCUGACGAACCAAAUAAAAAAAAAAGUCCACAUUUAACACCAAUGCUGACAGAUCCCUGUAAGCUCCUCCCACUGAAAAGUCGUUGUGCACUCUCUGUAACGCUAUGUUCUCUUGGUUGUGUGUUUUUCUGGUGAAAGUAGAAACUACUGAAUAUUUUACAAACUUCCCUGUGUGCUACAUGGGUUACUGGAGGCUUCUACUAGAGGCCUCCACUCGCCACAGUGGAGACGACACCUCAUAUAGAUAGAUGCAGGUAGUUUUCUCUGCUGCCCCCUAGAGUUUCUGAGGACACCACAACCAACGCGGGAAAUAAGAGGCAGCCAUACAAUUUCUCUAGUCUAUCAUUUAACGACAAAAAGUUACAAAAAUGUGUAUUUUAGCAUAAAUGUUUGUCAGAACUAGCAUCUAGCAGCCAGUUGACUUAAUAACUAUAAUUAAUAAAUGUUCUUCAGGUUGGCAGGGUUUUGGUCCUGGUCAUUUGGUUCAGAGUUCUGAGAAUCGUGUGGAAGUUAUCGCCCAUGGUAAUGAACGGUAAAGGACAGUAAUGGUUGGUAAUGAACGGUACAGUGCUGGUUAGUUUGGAAACUAUGUGAAUGUUCCUCUAAACGUCUGUUUAACGAUCUUCCUGUAUCUUGGUUAUGAACUUGUGGAUUAGUUUUAGCGAGUCGAGUUCAGCUAUGCAGUACCGGGUCCUGUCCGAUCGCGGCCCGCCUCUUAUUGAAUGUUCUUCUCGUCGGUCGGCCCAGUCGGAUUUAUUGGACUCAUUUCUCUACCUCCUUUAGAGAAUAGGCUCUAAUUACUGAUUUAAUAACUGUGCACAUAGAUGCUGGAUUUAGUCGGACAGUGACGGGGACUGAUUUAGAUUUUAAAAAUAAUAAUUAAUAAAAAAAAAUUAUAAAAAUUAAGAUCAAAGUGGCACAAAUUGUUGGAUGAUCAGUUUGUACUUUUUAACUCGUAGCGUAGCCGUGUUUUUUCCAUCUCAGAAGUGUAUGAAUAUUUAUAAUGAUCUACUGUGAGUGACGCGGCUGCACUUCAGGACUUUCUAACGCGUCCGGGGCUGUUUUGUUCCUUUUUUUUUUUUUUUUUUUUUUUUUUUCUCUCUCUUGUGAGUGGGUAAAUAAAGGCCUGUCCACUGCAGUUUCGGCCCGUUCCGGUCCUGUCUGUUUCCUGCUGGUCCGGUCUCUGCCGGUCCUGUUGAAGGAGGACGUGGACGGCCACUGUAGAAGAAAAGCCCACUUCCAGCACAUGUACAUAUUAUAAAUAUUUGUUAACUAAAUUUGAUCUUAAAAUUGUAAAUAAAGCUCAUCAUUUCUCAAUCAAA